CUAACAGACAACUGCCAAAGGGUAUUUCGUGGUGAGUUAUGCUUCAGAGGUGGAUGACAAGAGGAUAGGCCGAAGACUGAUGGAACACGAUGAUGGCAAUGCCACAAAUGCCAAGACAACUUCGCACCAGUAUAAGAACUGCACUGAGCCUGCUCUUCGUGAAUUCCCCAAUGACAUCUUUACAAACGAGGAAAGAAGACAUGGGGCUAUCGCUCUCCAUCUGCUCUGUACCAUGUACAUGUUCUACGCUCUGGCAAUUGUCUGCGAUGACUACUUUGUUCCUUCAUUAGACAAAAUCUGUGAGCGCCUACACCUCAGUGAAGACGUGGCCGGAGCUACAUUCAUGGCAGCUGGAAGCUCAGCCCCUGAGCUCUUCACCUCCAUCAUAGGAGUGUUCAUCACAAAGGGGGAUGUCGGGGUCGGAACGAUUGUGGGCUCUGCAGUAUUCAACAUUCUCUGCAUUAUUGGAGUGUGUGGGCUUUUCUCAGGACUGGUGGUGCCAUUGACGUGGUGGUCAUUGAUCAGAGAUUCCACUUACUACACCUUAUCGGUGAUGGCGCUCAUUUUGAUUAUUUAUGAUGAAAAAGUAUCUUGGUGGGAAUCUCUGGUGUUGAUAUCAAUGUAUGCCGUCUACAUUGUGAUUAUGAAGUUCAACAGCGUGAUGCAGAUUUAUUUUGAAAAUAAAUGGAAGAAGACUUCUGUGAACAUGGCAAAUGGAAAUGCAAAUAAUACCGAAAUGGACGAUAACAGCAACUGUGACGCAACCGUGGUCUUACUGAAGAAAGCCAACUUCUGCCGCAACUCCUCGGUGCUUAUGGUGGACGAGCUGCUGUCAGCUUAUCCACAUCAGCUGUCUUUCUCUGAGGCCAGUUUAAGGAUCAUGAUAACCAGUCACUUUGGACCCAAGACCCGGCUCAGCAUGGCUAGUCGCAUGCUCAUCAAUGAGAGGCAAAGGCUAAUCAGCAGCAAGACCGUCUCCAAUGGCGAACCCGAGGUUUCCAUUAAAAUGCCUUCAAAGCACAACAUCGAGAAUGGAACGGGGCCAAGCAACUCCACUGAGAGGAGCAUCAACGGGCAAAGAAGGGAAGAGGACAGAACUGAGGCCAGAAAUGAAAGGGAGAAUGAAAACGAGAAUGAGGACAAUCAGAACAACGAGAAUGAUGAAGAGGAGGAGGAGGAGGAGGAAGGCGAGGGGCCGUAUGUACCAUUCCACUUGCCGGUGGGAAUGUGGGAUGUGGUAAAGUGGGCGAUUGCCUGGCCGCUGUGCUUUCUGAUGUACUUCACAAUUCCAAACUGUGCCAAGCCUCGUUGGGAGAAAUACUUCAUGUUCACGUUUAUCUCAGCCACCUUGUGGAUCGCAGUUUUCUCGUACAUGAUGGUGUGGAUGGUCACGAUAAUUGGGUACACGCUCGGAAUUCCGGAUGUUAUAAUGGGAAUCACCUUCCUGGCAGCUGGGACAAGUGUACCGGAUUGCAUGGCCAGCCUUAUAGUUGCCCGGCAAGGCAUGGGAGAUAUGGCAGUAUCUAAUUCUAUAGGAAGCAAUGUCUUCGACAUCUUGAUGGGGCUUGGCCUACCCUGGACUAUAAAAACAAUUAUGGUGAAUUACGGCUCAUACUUAGCGUUGAACAGCCGGGGCCUUGUGUAUUCGGUGGGAUUGCUGCUAGCUUCUGUUUUCGUAACAGUAAUUGGCGUUCAUUUGAACAAAUGGAAACUAGAUAAGAAACUUGGGUGUGUGUCUCUGUUCCUGUACGCCGUGUUUCUGUGCUUCUCCAUCAUGACAGAGUUUAACGUUUUCACGUUUGUGAACCUCCCCAUGUGCCGGGAACACUGAUGGACAAUGAAGAUGACCUGGGAGCAAGCACCUUGAUAUCAGUGCAAUACAAAGAGCUGAAGGCCCGUGGCUUAUUGUUGGCUGCCUGCAACUGCUCUUACUGAGAACUUGGUACACAACUUAUUUUUGAGAGAAAAAAAGACACCUGUAUUGAUGUGAACGUAUUUUUAAUGUAUUUAUGUGGAGUCAUAUACACGCACACACACACACACAUACAAACUAUCUGAAUUCAUUGGCUGCUAAUCAACGUAAGGCUGGAUGACUUACCUGCCACGUUGGUAUAUUCUCACUUGUAUCAGAAAAAAGAUAUUUUGUCCUGAGAUGGUUGAGUGGGACUGAAAGAGAUUUAGUGGUAAUUUUGCUACUGAAGCGAGUAAGGUGUACAGGUACCUGGAAGCAAGGGGUCAUAUUGCCCUGUGAUUUUACCUCUCACUUUCUUCCCUCCACAUCCUCAAUCUCCAUCCUGCACACCCCCCCCCCCCCAACCCUCCCGCCUUUGCCCUUCCCACAGAGAGCUUGAAUACCAAGAAUCGACGAGAGUCACCUUAUCUUUCUGCUCAUCAGCUAUUCCUUCUGCUGAAAGGAAAGUGGGAUUUUAGCUCUGAGCCAUGGCCUUCAUGCAAAGUCUGAGAUGUGAAGUUUGAAAUCUCGACAGUCACUGCAGUUUGUAUCCAGAUACUAGUCCCUCCUGACGAGACUGAUUUUUCCAGGAGGUAUAUUUGCACGAAACUAUUUUAUUUUGUAGUUGGAACAGUUGCAUAGUCAAUGGUACAUGUGUGUAUAUUGAUGGUAUAAAAAUGUAUAUAUUGGGAAUUUUUUUUUUCUUUUCGAAAAAGUAGAGUAUAUGAGAAAUUAUAAUUAUUAUCACAGUUUUAUCCUGCUGCACGGUUUUAGAUUUGGAAAUAUUGAUUAAGGUACAAAUGGUGCAGCUGAAGAAGCAAAGAUACUCUAGUUUUUGUCUGUACAGGUAGUUUUAAGAAUAAAGCAUGUUUAAUUUAUAUAUUUAUAAAACAGCACAGGAGGCCACUUUGCAGUUUCACGGCACAUUUUUACAGGGAUACUUGACAGCUCUGUGCACGCCUGCAUGCAUGAACCUCCCCCUCCC